GGUCGUACCCAUGAUCUAUUAGAAAUCCUUAUUUAUAACCACAACAAUAUUAGAAAAAAUCCGUCUUAAGCAAGAGCAAUGGCGUAUAUAGCAACAAUGAGCGUCUCUCAAAUUUCCUCUUCCAUAUUCAUGCCGGAAGUCCCAGUACUCAAGUCCCAUAAUCCACAACCCUCAUCCCUUUUCCUCAAAAGAAUAAAGGUAGUAGUACCUCAUAAAAGAUUAAAUCUUGUUAGAGCUAGUAGCGUGGACGAGUCCCCACCAGGUCUUUACUCUGCCAAGCAAUUUGAACUCACUCUUGAAAACGUGGAUAUGGUUCUUGAAGAUGUUCGUCCUUAUCUCAUUUCUGAUGGGGGAAAUGUUGAUGUCGUUUCUGUCGAGGACGGUGUCGUUUUACUCCAGCUUCAAGGAGCAUGCGAGAGUUGUCCUAGCUCAACAACCACAAUGAAGAUGGGGAUUGAAAGGGUACUCAAGGAAAAGUUUGGAGACGCCAUCAAGGAUAUUCGCCAAGUAUAUGAUCAACAAGUAGUUGACACAACUGCUGAGGCUGUGAAUGCUCACCUCGAUAUAUUAAGACCUGCUAUCAAAAAUUUCGGUGGUAGCGUGGAAGUUUUAUCUGUUGAGGAAGGCAAUUGCAAUGUGAAGUAUGUAGGGCCUGAGUCUAUUGGAUCAGGAGUCAAAGCCGCAAUUAAAGAGAAGUUCCCGGAUAUUGUCAAUGUAGUGUUUACUGGCUAGAUGGCUUCGUGAUUUUGAGAAGUUCUUCAAACAUAUUGUGUGAGGUUAAACGCCAAUACUGUUGUCUGUUAUGUAGGAAAGAUGUAUAAUCCCAACCUUUAUGGGCAAACUUACAGAAGUGCUCACUAUGUAAAGAAAUAACAGUAUGGAUGAAGUGGCCAAGUUAUUUUGUAUUGAUAAUGAUAAGAUUGAAAGCAGUAUUUUUACAUUUCAAUUAUGCUGUUCACAUUACUGUAA